GAGCUCCAGAUCCGCUUCCAUUGAAUUGAAUCGGGCACUAGAAAACCUGUCAUCUUCAAUUCAUCCACGAAUCCUUCAUUUUCUUCCAGAGAAAAAAUCAUACAGAUUUCGUCAAUUUCAUCUUCCUGUAGAUGAUUAAUUUAUAGAUAUGUUAUCGUCUUCGUCGUCGACUUCGAUGAUUCGUCGUGUUGUUCCCUUCUUCACCGCCCGAAUUCGUCAAAAUUACCGACUUUUGAAUUCUUCAGCUUCUGCUCUAUCACAGCCCCAAUCUCAAUCUCAAUCUCAAGUCGAAGCUACAGAUUCCGUUGUAAUGACUGAGAACUGCGUUCGUAGGAUUAAAGAGUUGCAAGCUGGCGAACAUAAAGAGAAGAUGCUCCGGUUGAGUGUUGAAGCCGGUGGUUGUUCUGGGUUUCAAUAUGAAUUCUCUCUAGAUGAUAAGACCAAUUCGGAUGACAGAAUUUUUGAGCAUGACGGAGUUAAAUUGGUUGUGGAUAAUGUAUCAUUCGAUUUUGUCAAAGGUGCAACUGUUGAUUAUGUUGAGGAGCUGAUCCGCUCUGCUUUUCAGGUUUCUACCAAUCCAAGUGCAGUGGGUGGGUGCAGUUGUAAAAGUUCCUUCAUGGUGAAACAGUAAUUUGACACUUCUGUAGCAUUCAGCCCAGAAAAUCAGCAUUCCUCUAAGCUGGAUAUGGUUUACUGCAAGGCUUAACCACUUUAUUAUGUUAGUCAAUCUGAUGUAUCUCUAUUCAUCAUAUUCUUCUACCGUGUUAAGGUAGCAAGACCUGCAUUAUGAGAAUUUAUACUUGUGAGGUGAUAGAUUCUUUAUUUGUACAUGCCAUUUUUUUGCCUUGUUGGGGCUAGUUGGAAGUGCAGAGUCUGACUGUUAAAUUAGACAGGUGGAUAGGCUGUUGUAUUGUAGGCAAUAAUUCCAGUUGAAGAUGUGGUUAGUUUUGGCUGGAGACUUUGUACAAGGAAUUUUGAAGUGAAGGGUUACUCCUAAUUACUGGGAAUAAUGGUCCAAAGGCAUGUGGGAGAAGCAUAUUAGAUAGCGUCCGUCCAUAUCCACUGUAGUAGAAAGUUUUGAUCAAACAAUGGGUUGUUUUAUUUUUGCUGUAUGAUCUUUUGACAUCUGUGGUCAUGUUGAAAUUGAAAUCGAAAUCUUGAAAAAAGAACAAUAUUACCUGGGAGUUGAAAAAUCUGAA